AUGAGCACCUUCGGAGAGAUCCUAAAGGAGAUUGGGGAGUUUGGUUUGUUUCAGAAACGGUUAUUGGCUGUGUUAUGCAUCCCCAGCAUAUUCGGUGCUUUUGAUGUGAUCAGUCAGGUAUUUACAGGAAUGAGCUUUCCACAUCACUGUAACACUGACUGGAUCUUGGAGCGUGGACCAAACCUGACCGAUGAGAGAAAAAGAAAUCUCACCAUCCCUGUGAACGAGGAUGGAAGAUUUGAAAGCUGUAAAAUGUUCACACCUGUGGAUUUGGAUUUGGAAACCAUUGAAGCAUAUGGACUUAACACUACAACUGAAUGCAUAGAUGGAUGGGACUAUGAGGCACCUUUAGGAGCUUCCAGCAUUACAACAGAGUUCAAUCUGGUUUGUGACAACAGAGGUUUGAUUGAAGCAUCACAGUCCAUCUACAUGGCAGGAUAUAUGGUUGGAGCGCUGGUGUUUGGGGCAAUUUCUGACAGGUUCGGACGGCGCUUUGCAAUCCUACUCUGCCUCUGUCUUCUACUAAUGUUUAGUACAGGUGCUGCUUUCUCACCAAACGUCUAUGUGUACAUGGCCUUAAAAUUUUUCAGUGGGACGUCAGGAGGUGUCAAUAUUAUGAACACAUCUGUGAUGGGAGUGGAGUGGACUGACCCCUCUAAGGCCGCUCUCUGCACAAUGUUAAUCAUAAUGUUCUUUGCUGUUGGACUGAUGCUGUUGUCUGGCAUU